AUGAAGGGACUGGUUCAGCUCUACUGGAAAAGCCAUGUUUUAGGGGACUUACAAGACAUGCUUGUUGUCUUGUCUGUAAUGCUUGUCACAUAUCUCAAUGUGUUGUUAACAUCAGGUAGAAAACUUUUUGUUGGAGGCGUUGCUUGGGAGACCUCAGAAGGGAGGCCAAUGAUACGUGAAGGCUGUGACUUUCAUAUCUUUAUCAGGCGCAGUUUAAGAGACAUUUUUCGCAAAGUUCCAAAUUUUGCCUUGAAAAUAGGCUCAUUGCAUAUCGUGGUGUUUGACAAAGAAUAUGGUAUUAUUACCAACUAUCUUGCCAUGAAUUUGGGUGAACAACCUAACCUCCCUCCUCCUUUCUGUGACAUAAACUCUCACAACUCAGAUACAAUUCGCAUCCUGGCUGAUCAAGUCAAUAUGACCAGUGAAGUAUUCUUGUAA